UUGGCUCAGAGCGUGGAGAACGCCACUCACCACACUCCCCCCACUCCAAGCUCCGUCAAUCCAAGGGGAAAGCACAGAGGGUCCAGGACCCCAUCCCUGGUGGGGCCAUGCUGCAAAAGGUGAACAGGAAGCUUCUGAGUCGAUGCCGCUGGUUGGGAAGAUCCAACACUCCAGCCCAGCCAGACCAUCGAGCCGCACAGACACAAUGUAAGCCAGAGGGAUCCCAGCCUCCCGACGCCAAGCCAUCCCAUCCGGACAUCACUUCCGGAGCUUCAGCUGCAGGGAAUGUCGUCGGAGAGGACAAGGAAGAGGACAUUGGAGCCCGAGUGGACAUCCCAGGGGAGGGCAUGACCUCCGACCCCGAGCACUGGGGUCCCAUGGAGAGGGACGAUCCCUCCUACGCCUGGGAGGAGGAGGGCGGCGAGGAGAAGGAGUGUAGGGUCACACUGAGGCCCGGACGGAAGGGCCGGUGCUCCUGGCACUCAGAGUCUCCGGUUCGCCCUCACAGCUGGGAACCCGGAAACAGGCACUUCCUGGGACUGGGAUCCUCCCAAGGAUACAGUGUGAGUCUCGGGAACCUGCAGGAUGAGGAGCUCGAGGUCAGCGCUGUGGGACCGGCAGGUCAGGCCAGGAUCUACAGCUGCGCAGAGCUGUCACUGAGAGAGGAGGAGGAGACGGAUCCAGUGGGAAUCUCGGGGCAUUUUAUCAAAGGGAGAAGGGCGGGGUUCAUGUCCAGGAUCGGGGAAAUACUGGAUGAAGGGGCCCAGCCCGGCCUGCAGAUACAGCAUCAAACCACGUCGCUCAGUCCAGAUCCCGAGGACGGGAACAUCAGAGACAACACAAGCAAACACGACCUGCACACGGAAACUGGAGGAAAGGUUCAUCGGACAGUGAGCUUCCUCAAGAAAAUGGCUGGGAUCACAAAGACGAAGGAGAAGGUGAGGGAGAGAGAGAAGGAGGCGAGGGAGCGGGAGACGAGGAUAACGAAUGGCCACCUCUUCAACACGAUCACUGUGUCGGGGAAUACGCUGUGCUACGCAUGUAACAAGAGCAUCAUUACAAGAGAAGCCUUCGCCUGCCCCAAUUGCAACGUGACCAUUCACAAGAGCUGUAAAGAUGCUCUCGCUUCCUGUACCAAAGUCAAACAGAAGGUGAGACUGUGA